GUUAGUGAUAUGACUAAAUAAGAUAAAGAGGGAUAUUUGAAAUUUUGAAGGUUAUGUUUGGUUUUCCAACUUUUUAAAUUAAUUCAAGAAAGUUUUUACUCUUUCCAUCACAUGGAGAACUUGAAUGCUGCGAUACCCGCAAUAGAUAAUUUGAGCAACUUGUCUCCACAAGAAUUUCAGAAUAUGCUUACGUCGUGGUUUGAAGAAAAAGGAAUAGUUUCUGAUCUCAGAUCCCACCUUCGUUUCAAAAUGAUUAAUGUGCUUAAAAACACAGCCAUCGGUAGAGACAUCAAUAAAAAGACGCCUCAUCAUAAUACUUUGUCGAAACAAGCAAUAAAUCUAAUUGUAGCUGAGUUUCUGAUGAAAAAUAACUGCCACUAUAGUUUGUCCAUUUUUAAUACAGAAGCUGCCCUUACGAAUAUAUUUCCAGAGUACCCAUUGUUUGAUAAUUCUAAGGAACCUUUUCAAUACGACUCUGAGACCAUUCUGAAUAUACUGGAACUUAUUGGUGUAUCAAAAGGCAGUGAAUUUGCCAAAGCAGUAUUGAAUUUAUAUUUCCAAAGUCAAGAAAAUUGUAUCCUGUCUUGUCUGGUAAUAUUACUUUGCAAACUAACAGUAGGAAAGUCAAAAGAGAAGGAUGAGGAUAUAACACAAAUUGAUUUAUCCAAGGAAUCGAAUUUCUUAAAACAAGUAGGUAACAUUUUAUUGAAGAAUAAAGUAUCUUCAGAAAAUAUAAUGGACAUGUUAAGGAAUAUAGACUUUUUUCACAACGUGGAACUGACGAAUAUUGAAGAAAG